UUUUGCUCUCUUUUUUUUGUGCUUCUCUUUUUGUGUUUGUGUGAUUUUGUUUGUUAACUCGCUCAAGUUCUGCUAAUACUCCGUGUGUUUCUUCUAUCUAAUUACUGUUUCUACUGCAUUAUUUUCCUUCGAUCGUAUUCUACUAAAGUUUCUGCAAAAACUAUUUUGAAAAUGAAGCGACAUCUGAGUGACUCCGAGAACGAGAACUGCGAUGACUAUGACGACUGCUCUAGCCCAGACAACGUCAUGGUUUCUCGCAAGAAGAGACGUGGGAUAAUUGAGAAACGUCGCAGGGAUCGCAUCAACACUUGCUUGAUGGAGCUGCGAAGACUCGUCCCUCAAGCCUUUGAGAAGCAGGGUUCUGCUAAACUGGAGAAGGCUGAAAUCCUUCAAAUGACGGUUGAACACUUGAGGCACUUGCACCAGACGAGAGACCCAAGAGGUUUCAAUGACCCCUACUCUGCGUACGGCAACACAAGAGCUUUCCUUGACUACCGAAUCAUGGGCUUCCGUGAGGCUACUGGUGAAGUGGCUCGAUACCUGACUGGAGUUGAGGGCGUGGAUAUGAAAGACACUCAACACGUUCGCCUGCUCAACCAUCUCGAGAACUUCCUUGCCCAGAGAGAGCUGGCCAUCAAUGCUGCUGUGGCUGCCAAUGCACAGAUCAACGUGUCCCAGCAACAGGCCACUCCAGUCUCAACCAUUGUGAACAUGCCGUCUACGUCCCCGUACACGCCGAUGACACCUCCUAGGGCCUCCCCUGACAAUCUCACACCCCCACCUGCUGGAGAACCCCUACCUAGAUUCAGCGUGGCCUUCCCUGGGAUAUCGUUCGCUUCAACUGCCAGUAUACCUGUUUUCAGAGCCACACCCACCGUUGGAAUCCAGACCAUUUUCUCUGGUCCCACUGUUUCUACGACUACCAUGGGAGUCAUCAAGCCCUCCGUGCUUCUCCCAAAGACGACCGCUGUUUCCCCAAUCAGCGUCAUCGCCCCCAACAUGACUGUGUUGGCACAGACCAACAGUUUACCCUCGCCGACCAAGCCAAUCAACAAGACACCAUUCCGCCCCUGGGCUGACGCCAUGACCACCGACAAAUUUUAAAGACAAAUAAACUGACGACUGAAACGCAACGACGUUGUUAACACAACAACACUGUGACGAGGUGCCAUGAAUCUACGUGACGAUUUGAUACUCACAUGAGCACACUCGAACUACUUUUAUACCUCCCGUCUGUCGACAGCUGGACAUCAACCAACACUUCCCACAGAAGAUGGAGGUACGACUUGAACAAUUUGAAUAACCUACAACAAAGUACAACAAUCUAAGCCAAAGAGACUUAAGUUUACAAACCUAACACAAGCGAACUAUUUUUCAACAUCCUUUCUCUCUUUUCUCUUUAUUAUUUUUUUUCUUCCAUUUCCUCCCAAGGCACGUAUUAACUACAGCUUCGAUCAUCCAUUGACCAAUCAAACGAAGACUCUUACGCGAUCGCAAGCUACUCAACAAUUAUGGUAUUAUAUACUAUUGAACUUGACGAGAACUGUUGUAUAUAAUUAUAUGAACAAGACACUUGCCAUUACUGGCAUUUCGACCAAGAAACGUUUACUCCACCACUGUCCACCAGGACUCAAGACAAUCAUAACUGACAAAUUUAUCGGGUGAAAACUGCCCAUCACUAACUAUACCUUUAACAGGUUUGACAGAACUUUCAUUGUACUUAAUAUUUAUCAUAAUCAGAGUUUUUGUUUCAUUAGCAUAAGACUUAGUUAUUAGCAGUUUCAGAGGUUUAUUCUCAACAAAAAAAAGUAUUGUGUCAUUUAGAUUAUCGUUACUCUGUUAUAAUGUAUGUAUGAACUCUGUUAUUUGUGAACUGUUUGUUGACGAUUUUAACAUACAAAAAAAAUUGAUGUUCUUUCUUA